GGAAGAUGAAACCAUUUUACGAACCUAUUUUUCCCGAGUACAUUCGUUAUAUGAUUAGUUGUAAUUCGGUCUGGUUUAUCUUUUCUCCUUCCUUCUCCAACAUAGUUUUGGCAAAGAAAAGAGAACAGGAACGCCUCAUCGCCUAUGUGCGCAAUCGCAGACACACCAGUUUUGGUCUAAUCUCAGACGGUCGCUCGGAGGAAUCGAGCAUUUCCACUUUGACCAAUGAAGAGACCAAGUUCAUUCUGGCCAAAAUGCGCCGUCUCUUUAAGGAAGACAGUGAAGUCGCUUUGCAAAUUAGCCAGGCGCUUGAUGGCAACCCGGCCAUUUGUGCAAAAAUGAAGUCGUAUGUGGGUACCGGAGUCGACUAUCACCACUUCCUGGCUUCUAUGCUGAGUCCAGACUGGCUCUUCAUCUAUCUCACAAUGUACUUUGGUUCUGGACAAGAGGUAAUAGAACUUUUGGAGGCUUUUCGAAACGCAGAACCUGAAUCUGAUGAAGCCAAAGACGCCAUUGGCAAGUUAGCGGGAGCAACAAAGGAUAUCGAAAUAGUCAAGAACUUCCUCGAUCUCUUCACGCCACUUGUCCGGCUCCUUGCGGAGACUAUAGCACCCAUGUUUUCGAGCAUGGACGAGGCGACGGACUUCGUAAAACGAGCUUUAGGUGGUGACACAGAUGCUAACGCAAAAAUCAGGACUGUGAUGGAGAUUUCCGAAGAUGACUUGGAGGCUAUUCUGGAAACUGUGAGAAGGUGUCGGGACUAUCAGUGUUCCGUUCUAUGCGUUGGACUGCAGAAGCAACUGGCGCAACUCUUGGUGAGCGUCAAUAGUUUUCAGAAACGAACUGUAUUUGCAACAUUGAUACUCCCAGCUCCUCAUGAGAGCGCCUUCUCCACUCUGAGUGGAAAAUACUCUGACCGCACAGAGAUAUGAACACGCGUUUGGGUUGCAAACGCGUCGAUGCUAUAGUGUCAAACCUCAAGCGAAUUCAGUAGUUUGUGUCGGACGGGCAGUUUGGAUAACAUCUGCUAUGCGGGGGCAGUACAGUUCUGCGGGUCCCGGGGACAAGAUACUCAUUCUACCUCUGCACCUGUGCGCAUUUACAGUCGAAGUAACACAUUUUGACUACUGUACACCAUUGGAACAGGAUGAGAAAGGGAGAGGGAGAGAGCAUCUGUGCCACGGAUCCCAGCUUAUAAUAUAGUUAUUCGUAUCUGGCACAAGUUAGAUGACAAUUUCACGUACCGCCAGUCACUACACCCUAUUCCAUCUUGGCGUAUAGGAGAGGAGAUAGAGAGUUAACUUGAUCCAAUCAACAUACAACGAUUAGCUUUAAAUGUGCCGUGACGCACCAAAAACGCGGGUUAGAAAACUGCUGACUGAAGGGAUAACUAAGUUCUCCCCUCAGACUAAAGGGCUAGCUUCAAGGAAUCUUUCGUAACGUGACCUUUAGGACACCCUUAUUUCUGAAAAAUAGGCGGUCCUUUCAUCAAAGCCCGCUGUAUGUGGAUUUGACGAUCAAGACUCGCGCGUCACGUGUAGAUGGAUUGUCUACUUUUAUAAACCACGGUGCAGGAAAGCGGUGGGUGCAGGAAGGAAGAGAAAGUGAGGUAGGUGUAGAACGAAUCGCCUUUACUGAACGCCUAGUCACCACGAAGCUCACCUCUUGGGACACUGGUUGUCCUUAUCUUGCGAAGGAAGAACUACUAUAAUAAGAUUGGCGCGCAUUUGAAUUGCUGCUGAUCUUUAACAGUCCACCAACUGAUGAGACUAUGUGGGUCUUCAGACCGAAAGUCGAGCUAAAAAGGGACCCUCAGGCGGUUUUCACAGUAAUUCUUGAGGAUUUGACCAGCCAUGUACGUAAGGAAAUUAAUCAGGUUAGUUUGGGAAACUAGUGCGUGUGUGACAUGUUUAGACGAAAGCGGAUGCCCGGCCAUACGUUCGUUGUGACAGCAUGUAUGACUCCAGACAAUUGCUUGCAUUCAUAUGACUACUUGCACGCGCCACAGCCUGCCACAUGGUGCACUACGGAGCGUGCCAAUCAGAGGUGAACAUCACUGCUCAUUGUAGUAACGGCUGGAUCGCAGUUGGCAGCCAGGAAUGCGAAAGCGGACGGCGAUCUUAACCCUAAUCCUAAACUUAACCCUAACCCUAACCUCACCCUUAACCGUUAACCCUAACGGCAACCCUAACCCUAAUCGAAACCGUAAACGUAACCGUAGCCCCUAGACAUAGCCGUAACUGGAAAACCUAACCGUAAUACUGCACCCUAAUCGUUCGCGCAAACCCUAACCGUAACCGGAAAACCUAAGCCUAAAGGCAUAAUCCUUACCCGAAAAAUGCGCGUCCUGGCUACCAACUGCGAUUUAGCCGUAGUAACUUUUGGGAAAAUGUAGAAAAAUAGAUGAUGAUCUCGCAGAGCAGUGUGGGCUCUCCGUGUCCCAUUUUAAAGGUCCCCUUGCUGGGACUAAGAACUAUGUGACUCAUAAACCUCCAAGACCCUCAUCGGCAAGAGAAUUUUGGAAACACUAAACUAUAGCCUUAGAAACCCUGUUUUUGCACAGGAGGAGAUAAAAGAUCUUUUGAUUAUUGGAGUGCUAAUGUUGUUAUCUAUAUUUUUGACGUUCCUGUGGUAGGACCACAUUGGUAUUCAAGUGUAAAUUUAAUACUUCGGUCUUCAUUUUUUCGAAGGAAACAGCCGAAAGGGAAGCAGAGAUGAGGAGACAGGCGGAAAUGCUCGCUCUGCAGGAGGAGGAGCGCAGGUCCCUUUUCGGUGUCGAUUCCUCAGAGUAUAGGAGCAGCGAAGGGUCCGAGCCGAUUGCAGGUGAGAUGAUCAUCCUGAGACCAGGUAGUGUCGACUUCAAGCCGGACGAACCUGCGGUGGAUUACGUCGUCUCUAAGACUGAAACUGGCUCCCGGCAAGAGUCACAACUCAGUGGACCACUGAAAAGCGCACGCAUGGCAAGUGUUCCUUCUCGCUGUUCUUACGUUAACGUUUUGGAAGGCGCGCAUUUUUCCUCACUCAAGAUUAUACGAGAAGUUUCAUAUGCGUGCGGAUGGUUCGUCAUGUGAAAAGUGGUGCUCAGGCAAACCAAGUAAUCACUGCUUCAACGAUCAGCUGACGUCAGAGAAAAGCAGAUCGUAAAAUCUAGACUUCUAAUUGAAGAAAUUUUUAUGUCUAAUACAAUUUAUCUCAUUUAGAGACUCAAACAGAUGGAUGAUUCGUCAUCGUCAGUCAGGUUAAUUUGGCAAAUAAAUAUUUUUUAAAGCAUUUUUAGAAUUUGCAUAUGUUUGUAGCAUUUCUCGGCUGUAUUUGAAAUAGCUUUUUGGAUUUAAACCCUUUUACCUUGUGAAUGACAAAUUCCUGUGUUAACUGCUCAAUACAUUGAUACUUUCGGCUAUUUGUAAAAAGCUGGAUUAAGUUAGGACCAUACAAGACUGCCUGACGCGCACAUAGUAAGUAUUUUCAAAAAUGCUCGGUAGAAAGUGGAAUAAAGAAUAGCAGAUAUUGCCUAAAAAGGUAGAAGAGGCUGAGGUAGAUAUUUCUACCAUAUUUUUCUCUGUUUGCCAGCCAAAGGGGCAGUAUUCGGGAGUUUUUCUUGACUCAGGGUCGUUUUUGGCCUGUGUCUAUUUACCCGAUCAUCUGGAAACUGCCCGUCUUUCUCAUCCGUCAUGGGCGAUGGCUUCUAACGUAAAACACACGUUUCCUUGCGCAGUUUGUGUUAGCAUUUAUGUAUUACGCAGGCAGUAAUUACUUCUUGUCAUGACUUUCCUGUUCCAUGCAGAGUUGUUUUAUUUUAAUAGCACAUAAACAGAAUUAAAUUUCACCCGGGCUACUUUAAUUCUGCAUAAUUUCCAAGAAAAGAAUUGACCAAACACUUUGUACUACAGCGUCGUCCAUAAAGUGUCUAAGUGUCAAGGAAUGAAAUAUUUUGCAUUUACCUGGAAAACACAAGAAACCACCUGAAUUGUCUGAUCGUUUCAGUCAAAGCCAGAGCUCCGAGUGGAUGCAGGUGCAGCUCCCGUCUUUACAAAGCGUCCACCAAAGAAACGGCGAAAAGUUGGCGGUGGUGGUCAUGCCCCGGCCAGUCGCCUCAGCCAAGUUCUGAUCGGUGAAGGCUUCACCGAAGACGAUCUCUCGGACGAGAUCGAUGAGGAAGAGGGGGGCGAAGAGGAGGAAGGGGAGGAGGAAGAAGAACACGAGUCGGGUGAGAAUGAGCUAUCGAUCGAACUGCUCUCUGAAAGCAGCUCUGCGGAUCAAGCUUCGCAAAAUUACGAGUCCGACGAAGCUUUGCUAGACCCGGAGGCCCGGAAGUCAGCUAGACUACUCAAGAGAUUGAGCAGCACGCCAAAAUGUAAGCCAUCGAGCUGUUUAAUAGGUAGCAAUCAUAGUUACUAAACCAUAACGCAAGAGAUCGCUAGUUGAUAUGCUCAUCUGCAAAAACUGCAUGCUAUCUUCUACACAACUCAACCGUGAGAUUGACUACAUGACCUAUAAUAGUGUGCUAAUAUAUAUUGUGCUGAGAGUAUGGUACAUCAAUCUCAACGUGGCAGUAGGUAUAUUUGGAGUAAAUGACAGAAGCCCUUAAAACUCCAUUUAGACAGUACAAGUGUGCAUAAGAGUAGUUAAGCUGCAAAAUUUUAGCAUGUAGUCUUAGUAUGCAGAAUGCAUAAAACUAAUGGUGAAGCAUAAAUGUGAAAAAGGUAUAGCAUUUGCGAAAUAACGACGAAAAACACGUUCGCUGCAGCUGCACUGUGAAAUUUUCAUCUGGGUCAAGGUUAAUGUACAAAAAGGACCUGCUGAAAUCAUGUAAGUAGCAUGUUCAUAGUCAGGUCGUAAUCGAUAGAUGGGGUUUGCGGAGUUCGGAUUGUUUUUUAACAUGUGGUUAGCUAAAUGUCUCAUGAAGACACUCGUGGUGGGGGGAAUCUACAACAUACGCCGGUAUAAAAUCCUAUUCGCGAAUGACUUAUAUACUACAGACUGCCUACGGGCAAGCUGUCUGUGUUACGAGGAUAGCCCGCUGUGAUUGAUGGAAUCCAUCUUAAACAUUUAUAUCAAUCCUUGUCACGAAGGCUUCAGUUCAAGAUGAUACACUAAUAUCAGAAGAACUUAAAAGCUUAACAAAGGCAUGCCUUUUAGCGGCUCCAGUAACUUCAUUGAAGUUAAACGCCUCCCUGAUUGAAAAUACCUAUGCAAGCUCCUUUGUUAGUUUAGAUUUCUCAGUUCAUAUUCAAAGUGUGCUGUUUGAUUCAUUGCGCUCUGGCCAAUUUUUCGGUUCCAGCCACGACCAACAGGUUACAUUUUGGAUAAAAGCACGUCUGCCAGUCGUAAGUCGCUAGCGACCGGACACUGUGUAGUGAAGUGAGUCUGGAAGUCAUUUGGUGGAUUCUGCACUGAUUGUUUAGAAGGUCCUUCUUGGGUAGUCAUAUUAUUGUAGCAGAAGUGGUCAGCUCCAUAAGUUGCAGUAAUGCUUGAUGGAUAAAUUGAGCCAAAAGAUGAUUAAAUUCCUGGCACUCGAUGGGGCCCCGUAGCUCAGGCGGUUAGCGCAUUGGCUGUGCACAAGCCUUGCACUUGCCGUCGUGGGUUCGAAUCCCAACGAGGCAGCCGAAGUUUUCACGGUGAAAUCAAACGAAUGUCUGAAAUUCACCGUUACAAAAAGUUUGAUUGACGAUGAUUCUCAGUCGCAGUUUUCUUGAGAAAUACGACGAAUCAAGACUCUUAAUGACACUUUGUUUGACACUUUGUUUCGUUACUGAAAACCCCUAUAUGCUUUUUUCCCUUCCUAGUGGGACAAAUGUACAGGGUUUCCUCGGAAGAUUACUCCAUAAGUGGUUAGUUACUUUCCUCUGUACUUUAUGAUUGUCCCAAUUCAACAUUUCUCAUAAGGACGUUGAUUUGCUUACACACUGGAGAGUUAAAAAAGCCAACUCUGAAAAAGGAGGGCCUACUAUCUCCAACCUCAGUGCAGCUGGAUAGGCUCGAGUCCCCAAAACAGACAUUCAGAAGAAAAUUCUUUAAGAAACUAGUCAUCGUGAUCUGAUAGAAAAUAACAUUUAGCAAUACCUAAGGACCUCAUGGAGUGCUGUCAAUAAAAAGGGUCACCUCGUCUACUGGACGUCUACCCAGAAUGAUUGUAAGAUGUCUGCCCGUAGGGGGUGCUAUGCGAAGGCGGGGUCUUGAGUGCGCCCCUAUAGACGAACAGAGGAAACAGGCAGCAGAAGUAAACAACAACUAAGUUUACUUGAUCCUGCGGGACAGUGGGAUGCAAUCAACAUAAAGGAAAAGUGCAAUCAUCUCAAGUAUGAGUCGGGGACGCGGGGCCAAUGAAGGUUUGUAUUCGGUUGCGCCUCUUGGUUACCAUCUCAAGCCCGCUGUUUCAUGCAUGUCUCGAUAAUCAGCAUAAUCCACCACCAGGAGACGGAUUCUUAUGCGGAGGUUGAUCUCCCCGUGACUGCAAAGCGGCCAAACAACCACUACAACCUUGUUCCGGACUCCAUAUUCACUUGGGUCGUACGGGAUCAGGGGUGCCAUCAGAAUAAGCAUGAUCAGCAGGAGAUCCACGGGGACCUAUUUACACUUUCGUAAAGUUCCUCUAGCCUGUACCUUGCAAAGUGAGAGGGAAAUGAUGGCAGUCUAUAUGACCCGUGGGUUAUCGAAUGAUCCCAUCUGUUCACUGCUUGCUCCAGAGGACAUUUUACUACGGUUAAUGUACGCCAUGCUGACGUUUUGGAGCCUAGAACAGUUCCACCAACCAAACCAAAAUUGGCCAGAACUUGAAGAAGGAGACACGAUGGCCGGGACAAGAGCUUUAUUAGCCUGACGUUUCGGAUUCCUACUCGAAUCCAUCAUCAGAGCCAAUAGAGCAGAAACGGGUGGUUGUCGCACAAGGGGCUGCGGUAUUUAUAGGAUGCAGCAGCCAUGCUACCGCAUACCUAUGAACGUUCAGGGCUUCCCCCUUCAUCCGGGAUUGUCACACUUGGUGUGAUCAUUGCUUGAUGGCCGACAUCCGAGUCGAUAAUUGCUGCAAUUUCAUCACGUGCGUUGGAUGUUGGCGUGAUGAUUGCUCGACCAUCUGACGAGUUGACCCGGGUGUUGGGAAGAGUGUUCACCAGUGCCCUCCCCGCGUGGCCAAUUACUCCGCCUAGACGAAGUCUCAGCACGCUGUAUUGAAUGGGAAGAUCGUUGCACUUGUUGAUGGACUGGGGGCCAGUAAACCAUGAUUCCAGUAGCUCUCGGCUCACUCGGUUGUCACCUCUUGCGAGAAUUUCGGCCUCGUCGAAUUUAAAUGUGUGGCCGGGUCUCGUCGAAUGAGCCGCAACUUGAGAGCUGGCGUCAUUUCUGCGCACCGCUGCCGCGUGUUCGGCCAUUCUCGUUCGGAGCUGUCUUCCGGUUUCUCCGACGUAGUUGCUUUGUCCGCAACUGCACCAGAUCCGAUAAACGACUCCAGACGUUUCUAGCCGUGGCAGUGGGUCUUUCGGUUUCAGGAUCAGACGCCUGAUGGUUGCCUCCGGUCUGUGUGCCACUCCAACCCCAAGUGGUGCGAGAAGGCGACCGACAGCUUCCGAAACGUUCUUGACAUACGCAAGUGCCCGCCAACACCCGGGUCAACGCGUCAGAUGGUCGAGCAAUCAUCACGCCAACAUCCAACGCAAGUGAUGAAAUUGCAGCAAUUAUCGACUCGGAUGUCGGCCAUCAAGCAAUGAUCACACCAAGUGUGACAAUCCCGGAUGAAGGGGGAAGCCCUGAACGUUCAUAGGUAUGCGGUAGCAUGGCUGCUGCAUCCUAUAAAUACCGCAGCCCCUUGUGCGACAACCACCCGUUUCUGCUCUAUUGGCUCUGAUGAUGGAUUCGAGUAGGAAUCCGAAACGUCAGGCUAAUAAAGCUCUUGUCCCGGCGAUCGUGUCUCCUUCUUCAAGACUACUUCCUGGGACUCGGCUCUUCGCUUCUAUUGGCAAUUGGCCAGAACGUUGAUUAACUACGACGCAGCUGACCGGAGCGAAAAUGUGCGACCCUGGACAUACUUAGGCACUGCAAGUUAUUCCAGCGGUUUCGAACUCAACGAAGGUUCAUUUGUCCGAUGUUAGGACGCGUCGGUCCGAUCUUCGAUGUUGGAUUGAUAGCGUCGCCGCUAGGACAUAAGAAUAGAAACGUCCCCGCCCAAAUAAUAAAGACGAGCCUGCGCAUAAUUCCGAAAAGGGCAAAGUAUUCCCCUGUUCUAACCCCAAUAAUAACCCUAAUAUAAAACCAAACCUUUGUCGUACUCUUGACGCUAAACCUUCCCUAAACCCCAACUCUGCAGUUGACACUGGCCCUUGUCUUAACCCCAAACUUCAUCCCGACUUGCCUUACCGGAGACGUUAAGUCUAGCCUUAAAUCUAAUCCUUAACCUAACCUUAACCCUAAACUCAAACCUAACCCUGAUUUAACUUGAAGGUGACUCAAGGCCACUCGUAGUGCAGACGGUUCCUGUUCUCAUGGGCCACAUAAGCCAGUCCUACCGCGCCUCUUGAUAGCUUCAAGGCGCGUUUGGUUGUUUAGGGUGCGGCAAAUAAGCCCUGCGUCCGGACAGAACUGACUUUACUGUCUAUUACCUUUUGCAUAAACAAAUGAGCUGUCCGAGUUGAGCGCAAUGGCCGGCGUGACGUGAAGUCGCGCCUAACGCAUCCCACGCACAUAUAUGACAAUAGUCAGUGUAUCGUGCAGACUCGACGCAGCCUGACUAACAUAUGCAAUGGGUCAGUCUGUUUCCCGCUGCGGUGACGACACAACUCGUUGGUAGGGGUGCUGACUCCCUUCCAACCGUCUUGUCCUGUUUCUAGUCACCUAGUGAUUUAUCCAACGCGUCAACUUAGCUGUUUUUCGAGGCAAUCAUAUAGCUGAAUAUAGUAUUCUUUCGCAUCCAAGCCCAUGACAAGUUUUGGAGUCAAAAUGUUAGCUAACGUGUGAGCAAAUCAGAGACCAUUUACAUGCAUACGCAAUUAAGUAGUCUGAUAAAUAACUGACUUUUCUGGUUGUUUCCAAUAACUCCAAAGUUCUUUCUUCAAUAUAAUAGAUGUUAUCGAUAGCCCCCGCCCGCAGGACUCAGCUACAUUCUUGGAAGAAAAGGUAGGUCAGCAGCUCACGCAUUGCUUGAAGUCUAUUUUCCUUCAGGCACUCAUAUCGCGCAAUAGUUAAGUAAAAUUAUAAAGUGUUAUUGAUUUGAUCUGAGCUAGCACAAUGGCUUAAUAUAAAGAGAACUUUCAUGUGACGUACGGUCACGUUUAAUACCUCUUCAAUAAUUUCUAACUUUAUCCCAAGAUUGUAAAGUUUUUAAUUUUAAAAGGUCUUUAUUUACACAUUUCAAUGUCUGUGUGAUUCAUCCAGGAAAACUUCUAUAGGGAUAAGCUUUAAUCCAUACACGUCCGUCUUCAGUAAUUCGGACACCACCUCCACACACCCAUCUCCUUCCCACGAAAUCGCAGGCGGAUCGGGGUAGCUUCAGCAAGCCAACCAAUACAUCAUAGCCCUUGAGUAUCUAAACUUCUAGACUCUGCUAGAAAGGUUCAUGAAGGAUUAAAAAUAACCGGGAAGUAGUUGAAGUAGAGCGAGGAAACACUUCAAAUUAUCUGUUGUGACUAUUUUCUCCUGACCUAUCUUUCGAAGACCCUUGAUUUCCGAGAAGUCUUUUCAGUCAACCUCUCCUUUCUUACCAUUUGGGUUUAAAUUAUCGCCCUCCAGGUUGCCCUGCUGGAGUCAGUCGUGACGCAAGACUGGUUUCCCGAGCCUGAUAUCGUGCUUGAGCCCAACCGGAUCGCUGCAGUUGUGGCGGGCACUCUGAUGAACAUGCCGUUUGAUGUCAUGCCAAUCGGUGUUGCUAUGAUCAACAGCCUCAUGAGGUAGGUUGUUUUAUCGCUUUCGAGGUUGUGUCGCCCAUUCCAAGCUGUUGCGGAUGAAUUGACAGCUAGGAUAUGGAGAGUUAUGGCGACUUUUGUCGGUAUUUUCCACUUUCUGCUCUGUACUGAUGUCGACCUGGCGCACUCGCAGGAAAUUCGAUACGCGCGUCUGUGUGAGUCAAAACAUCUGCGCCUUAGGACAGUGAUGUUAUAAACUAACUUUUUUGAUCGUAAAUACUAAAGAUCAGCAAUGUACUGCAAGCAAAGCUGAACACGGUCGGUCAACCCAGAAUGCAAUCUUAGUAGUCUCUGUUGAUUUAUUAACCAAGAAUACAAUUAUGUGCAAUGCCCAGUAUUUUUUACUCCGCAGUUAGUUUUAGCAGGGCUAAAUAAGCUGGAUCCUGCCAAGUCACCUGGACCAGAUGAGAUCCCAGGUGUACUCCUGCGUCAGCUAGCCGAAGAAUUAGCAGAGCCACUUUCUAUAAUCUUCCAAAAAUCGCUGGAAGCUGGCAAACUACCUGACACAUGGAAGUUGACAAACGUCGUACCUAUCCACAAGGGAGGAUCACGGCUAUGUCCCACGAACUACCGGCCGGUUAGUUUGACAUGCAUUUGCUGCAAACGGAUGGAAAAAGUAGUUAAAAAAUCUAUUACAUCACUCGAUACUUUCCGCUGUCAUAUUGCCUCAGUUCAACAUGGCUUCUGCGAAAAGCGGUCGUGCCUCACAAACCUGCUGUCGUCACCCGAACACUGGCCAAAGGCCAUGGAUGAAGCACAUCCAGUUGAUGUCAUUUACUUCGACUUCAGCAUGGCGUUCGAAUGCGUCCUACAUAAGCGCCUCAUUCAAAAGUUGUCAGAAGUAGGGAUAAGAGGAAAUCUUCUGAGCUGGAUUCAAGAUUUCCUAAACGGACGGCGACAAAAAGUCCCGGCGGGCGGCUACAGCUCAGAAUGGGCACCUGUUACGAGUGGAGUCCCACAGGGGUCAGUUCUUGGGCCGCUCCUAUUCAUUGUCUAUGUAAAUGACCUAGUAGGGGAAGUGAAAUCGGAAAUAGCGCUCUUUGCAGACGAUCUUAAACUUUGGAGAGUGAUAAAAAAUGAAGAUGACGUCAAGAUACUACAAAAGGACGUAGAGAAUUUGCACGCAUGGAGCGAGAAAUGGUGCAUGAAAUUCAACGUCAAAAAUGUGCAGUAAUGCACGUAGUAUCAGCGAGGCGAAGAAAAAUGCAUCCCCACGACAGUAUCUUCUGGACAAUCAACCACUUAAAACCGUAGAUGUGCUAAAAGAUCUCGGUGUGUUCAUUAAAGACGAUCUAAGCGUCACCACGCAGUGUUCUAAAGUCGCUGCGCGAGCAAUGUCCGUUAUGAGCGCGAUACGCAGAACGUUUAUACACUUGAAUAAAGAUGUUUUGGGCAAAGUAUACGGGACAUUCGUGCGGCCGCACCUGGAAUAUGCGGUACAGGCUUGGCGGCCGUAGCUUCGGAAGGAUAUGGAUCUCCUUGAAGGUGUACAACGGCGUGCUACAAAGGCUGUUCAUGGCCUCAAAAACUUCACGUACGAGCAGCGCCUGACGGCCUUGAACCUCUAUCCCCUCCACUACAGGCAGGACAGAGGUAACCUCAUAGCAACGUUCCAGUUGGUUAAAGGACUUAAUCUGGAUGUCGACUGGGAAACGUUUUUUGAAAUGGCACCCAAGUACAAUCCCAGACGACAUGAUUACCAACUUAAAAGGGAACUGUGCCACACAAAUCAACGCUCCUCCUUUUUAUCACAGAGGGUCAUUCGCCAAUGGAACUCUUUGCCGGAGUUUGUUGUUAAUUCCCCUACCGUGAACGUGUUCAAGAGACAACUGGAUGCUUACCUGCUGAAAGGAAACUCGAACUGUCGAAGCCUGAUCUAA